AUGGCUUCCAAGACAAAAUACGUGGAGCGCGAGAUUCCCCAGAUUUCUCUUCACGAUUUCGAGCAUCGCAUCGAUGACAUCUCUGCAGAAAUGUGCGCUGCCGCAGAGAGCGUUGGCUUCUUCGCCGUGAAAGACCAUGGCCUUUCCGAAGACGAAGUACAAUCCAUGUUCUCCGUCUCGGAAUCGUUCUUCAGCCUGCCCGAUACCACGAAAGCGACAGUACCGUGGAGUCCGCAAAAUGUGGGCUGGGAGAAGAUGUCGCAGGUACGGCCCUCGACCGGCGCAGCCGACACUAAAGAAUCAUACCAGCUCCAAUUUGGCGAGAACAUGGCACAGUCCUUGAAGUUUAUGCAUCGCGUGCAAGGAGUCUCGGAAAAGCUCAUGUUGUGCCUUGCGCGGGGGCUGGGCUUCGACGACGAUUACUUCGUCAGGUAUCACGACGUCAGUCGGCCGGACUCGCAGUCGACGCUUCGCUUGCUCCAUUACUACGAGACUCCCAAGACCAACGACGGCAUAAUCCGACACCGUGCAGGAGCGCAUGCUGAUUGGGGCUUUUUAACUCUUCUUUUCCAGCAGUCUGGUCAAUCUGGGCUCGAGAUUUGUCCAGGUCGCGAAGUGGUCACCGAAUACGCUCUCGGUGAUGAGUGGACCAAGGUCGAAUUUCAACCUGGUCUCAUUGUCUGCAAUAUCGGCGAUCUACUGAUGAGCUGGAGCGACGAUCGCUUUAAGAGUACGUAUCACCGGGUGAAGGCACCAUCUGAGGAAGGUGAUUACUUUGGGGAGAGAUACAGCAUUGCGUUCUUUAACCAGCCAGUCAAGGAUGCGAUUAUCCAGGGACCCAAAAAGAAGUAUCCCGCUGUAACCGGAGAGGAGUUCAAUAGAGCAGCCAUGGAAAAAUAUUACGGAGCCUUGAAGGAGAAAUUGAAGGCGAAGGAGAAUACAAAGGUGGCAGAAAUGAAGGUCCUGCCUGUAGAGGCUGUCGCAUGA